UUCGAUAGGAAUCGUCACUCAUCUUCAUCUCAGCUACUUUCUGCUUCCCGACCCACGCGAAUCGACUUUCCAGCAACUGUCCUAACGACCAAUCCAUCGACCUUGUCUUCCAACCAGAUGCAGAGCGCCAAGGACUCAGCUGCCAAGACCACGGAGCACACGAAGCAAUUCGGAGCUGAGAAGACCGGUCAGGCACAAGAUCACGCCCAGGGAAUGGGCCAGGCUGCCAAGGACAAGGCCAACCAGGCGGGACAAGCCACGUCCGAUGCUACUCAGGCUGCCAAGGACAAGGCCGUCGAGGCCAAGGACAACACUGGCAACGCUCUGCAGCAGGCUGGUGACAAGGUGAAGGAAACUUUGACGAACGCCAAGGACGCUGUCACAGGAAACAACCAAUAAGUAAUCAUCGAGCUGUAUUGCCUCCUGUCCUGAUGACAGUCAGAUGUGUGUUUGGUUCGCAAGAAUUGGGGCACCAAAUUAGAAUAGAGCCCAUUCGAGAACACAAUGCCAUGUACAGCAUGAAUCUGUCAUGAUUCUUAGGGGAGGACAUGACGACGACCGCUAGUCCUUCGGGAGUAUUGUAGGGGAGCAAUUUUAGGAACAGCGUAUAGUACAUAAAUGUCAUCGAACUCCUCUUGUUUUUGUAUAAUAAAGUGUGGACAGUUUUUAAACUAUGUCUACUAGCUUA